GCGUAAUUUUCUCGUACGACCUAAGCAAUUUAAAUACUUAUCUAAAGCUUAAAAUUUGAAACUGGCGCUCAUCAGUGACGUUUCUAACCUCACGGUCAUGACGUCAUGACGUUGCGUUGGCGUAUUUUUAAAACAUUUCUCUGGAAUUGGUGCAUUCUCCGCGUUUGAUUGGCGUAUUAUAUGACUAAACGUGCGUCCCGUGCGUAUUUUGUAAAAUUUACACGCGUUCCAUUGGGCGUAUUAUAUCGCUGGGAGGGGCGUUCCAUUGCGUUCCAUAACGCGUAUUAUCUGAAUUCUCACCGCGGAAGCCCUGCCCAGGAGCUCCCUUCUUCGGAUUCUUCCCCUACCCACCUGCUACCACCCAUUUUACUCACUCCACUCCACUUACAAUUCGUCCUAUUUCACUCUUUUUGUUUUACAUCUCUUUCUCGCGACACAUUUGCGCAUGCACUGUUGUAAUGUCUACCUUGAAAAUGAUGAUGUUCAGCUAAAUUGAUUGGCUGUGUGUCAUUUACGUGCCCCUAUCAUAAAAUUGUGCCGUUAUACCGAUGCCAUUUCCUUGAAAUCUUGUGAUUUCUAGCUUUGUGCAUACAAAUAUCUUUUCGGGUAUCAAAGCAGGUGUCGUGAAACUAUCCCAAGCAAGUGCAAUUCCGUAGAUCCUUUUCUUUUUACGUUCAUUUGUGUCGCAUGCCUAAAAGUUGCUCGCGAGGAAACGCGUUAUCUUCGCGUUGUUCAGUGUUUUUGUUUUGUUUCGCGUUUGUUGACAGAAUGGGUGUAUUUCUGAGCUGGAAUCCCUAUGCAAAAGUCCGCAAUUGAAGGGAAUAAAUUCUUGCGAUUGUCAUGAAGAAAUCGAUUAAACCGAGACUACGCACUAACUCAGCAUCCGACUACAAAUCGGCGGAAAGAUUGGCAGAAUACAAUAAAGGCAGCAACGAGAGAGUCAGCCCUGACAAUCCACAUUUCCUGAACGAGACCUGCAGUCAAGAUCUAGGAUUAGGUAUAAGUGGUGAGACUUCGGAUGUAUUCAGUAGUUUAAAUAUCAGCAGCCCCACAGUAACCAUGAAAGAUAAGAAGGUAUCUUCAGCCAGCCUCAGUUCUCCUGAGGUUGCAGCUGCCAAACCGAAAACCGUAACGGUGAAACAUCCCGAGUCCAAUAAACCUAAACCAACUGCAAAGAAGAACAAACCAGUGCAGGCCAACAUGGAUCUUGUCAAAGAACUUAUUCGCAGCAAAGAAGAGAAUGUCACUCGCCUCGACUUGAGCAAGUCUAACAUAACCUCAAUUCCUCAAAACAUACGCGAUGUAACAACAUUAAACGAAUUUUAUCUCUACAGCAAUAAACUAGUUUCUUUACCGAAUGAAAUAGGUUGCUUGGUGAACCUCCAAACUCUUGCCCUGAGUGAAAACUCGCUGACAAGCUUACCUGAUUCACUUGUAUCACUGAAAAAUCUGAAGGUCUUAGAUUUGCGGCACAAUAAAUUGAAAGAGAUUCCGUCAGUGGUCUACAACUUGACAUCCUUAACCACUUUGUUUUUACGAUUUAAUCGUAUUCGCCAUGUAGAUGAUGAGAUUAGUAAUUUAAAGAAACUAACUAUGCUAAGUCUUCGAGAGAAUAAAAUCAAAGAACUGCCUGCAGGAAUGGGUGAAUUGACUAAUCUGACCACGCUGGACGUCUCUCACAACCAUUUAAUUCGUAUUCCUGAAGAAAUAGGAAAUUGCGCCAAUUUAUCGACUCUUGAUUUGCAGCACAACGAUCUCUCAGAUAUUCCAGAAACGAUAGGUAACCUUCAAGCAUUGACUCGCCUAGGUCUACGCUACAAUAGAUUAACCUGUGUGCCAAAGUCUCUCAGUAAUUGUAAACACAUGGAUGAAUUUAAUGUUGAAGGUAAUGCCUUAGUUCAACUCCCUGAGGGGCUUCUGACCUGUCUGUUAGAAUUACAAAGCAUAACAUUAUCUCGUAAUAUGUUCUCUGCCUAUCCAUCAGGAGGCCCUGCUCAAUUUACUACCAUUAACUCCUUAAACAUGGAACAUAAUAAAAUAGACAAAAUUCCAUAUGGCAUAUUUUCCAGAGCAAAACAUCUCACUAAAUUAAAUAUGAAGGAAAAUGAAUUGACCUCUUUACCUCUUGAUGUAGGCACCUGGGACAAUAUGGUUGAGCUUAAUCUAGGUACAAAUAAGUUAAGUAAGAUUCCAGAUAAUAUUUCAAACCUGCAAAAUUUAAAAGUCUUGAUCUUAUCGAAUAAUGCUCUAAGAAGAAUACCCUCAAGCAUUGGUAACUUGAAAAAAUUGCGGGUUUUAGAUCUUGAAGAAAAUAAAUUAGAGGCUAUUCCUAGUGAGAUCGGGCUCCUGCGAGAUUUACAAAAAUUAGUGAUGCAGUCCAACCAACUGACAUCCCUACCCAGAGCCAUAGGCCAUUUGUCCAACUUAGUAUUCCUGUCUGUAGGUGAAAAUAAUUUGAACUGCCUCCCCGAGGAAAUCGGGACUUUAACUAAUUUAGAAAAUCUGUAUCUUAAUGAUAAUCCAAACUUAAAUAGUUUACCGUAUGAACUAGCUUUGUGUACUCAUCUGCAAAUCAUGUCAAUUGACAACUGCCCACUGGCUCAAAUCCCUCCAGAAAUUGUUGCUAAUGGCCCAUCCUUAGUGAUCAAAUACCUGAAAAUGCAGGGACCCUAUCGAACCAUGUGAAAGGAGGAGCUCCUUUCAAAUAUCUAGGUACGGUUGAGUUUCACAUCGUUCCAAGGUGAUUUUUCAAAAUCAGGUCUUUAUUUAACUUUUCUAGUACCUACCUGUAGGUAGACUUCAAGUUAGUAAGCGUACAGGUAUCUAUUGAUGGUAAAACUGCAAAAGCGAGGAACUCUGCUUUCAGAGCUGCAGACAUCUUGUCUUUGUUCAGGGUGUCUACAAGUCUGGAAAGUACCGAAGAAGUACUGAUUUUUUAGGGCGGUCUGGAAUUACUGAAAUAGUGCAGAAAUUUUGCUAGAAUGUCCGGAAUUUUUUCAUUUUUUUGGCAUUUUUGUCGCAAUUUGAGCAAGAAAUUCAAAUUUGUGAAAUUUUUCGAAUUUUGUCAAUUUGGAGGUACUAAAAAAUUACUGAAUAUUUAAUGUGAAGGAGGUACUGAAUUUCUUGGGAAGUACUGAUUUUUGACCAGCCUGUUUUAGUAGACACCCUGGUUUAUUUUCUAGAUAGAAAGCUCCUUGACAUCCCAUCUUAAAAACUGAGGGAAUAGUUAUUUUGUUGUGAAGAAUAUACUGUGAAAAUUUUAAGCCAUGUUGGCUCAAUUUCCUUUGAAAAAUUAAAUAUCAGAAAUUUUGAACCACCACAAUCGAUACCUAGAUGCAUUUUUGCAGUUUUACCAUCGAUAUGCAAUUCAUCGGACUAUCUACCUACCUGAGUUUUACUCAUCGAACGCCUGUAUAUACUUUUCCAAAAAUAUUUAGUUUUAAGACCUACAUUGUUUAAUUUUUUUGUAAAUUUGUCGCCACGAUAACUUACUCAGACUGAUAGACUGAAGUUCUGAAAACAUCAGUGCCCAUUUUAAAGCUCGGAUAUUUAAGAAACCUUUCCUUUCUUAACGGAAUAAAAACGAAUAUUUACCAAUGAUUGUGCCGAAACUGUAUAGAAAAUCAUUAUUUCAUUAGGUUACUAAGAGUAAAAUUCUAGAUUGGACUCACGAUACCUACGAAUACAUGCCCUUUUAACUCAUACAUCACAUACCAUGAUCCUUAUGUAAAUAAAAUACAGAUCAAAUUGUUUCAUGCUGAAAGUUGAUGCUUUCAAGGAUAUGUUUUUAAUUUUCAGUGAAAUAGAAGUUCGUACUCUCUUAGUCGACCGUUUAAAUCAGAAAUCUGGAGAAGCCCCUUAAUAUUCAUUUUGAACAGACGUAAUGUCUCUUAGGAAAAAUUGAUGACUAAAUUUGGAAAACAAGGUGUGUGAUAAAAAAAAUGAUCUUUCUCCUUAUUUUUGCUCUUACCUGAAGUCAGCUUUUUGACCGUAAAACUGCAGAAAUGUGUAUCUUGGUAUGCAGCGUUGCAGACUUCCUGUCAUGGUCUAUUUUCUACGGAAAAUUACAAAAUGUCAUUUUUUUAAAACAUUAGUGAUUUUUCUUCUCUGUGUAAUGAACACUCAGUGAAAAUCUCAAGCCAUUAUGUUGGUUUGGUGUCCCUUUAAAAGGCGAAAUAGGAGGAAGAUUUCGGAAUGCUGCAACCGAGAUAUGCAUUUUUGCAGUUUCACCGUUGUUAAUUCAAAUCACUGGUUAAAAGUUAUUUUUCAGUAAUGCUAAGAAUUUAAAAUUUUUCUGCUGUAUGCACCCACACAGCUUUUUUUUUCUGUCCAAAUGUAUGCAUUCAAUGUAAGAAGAGCAUCUUUCCCAAUGGCUUAAUUUGAACUGUUCUUCUUUUACGCUUCGCAAGUCAACUGUCGACUCUGAAUUUUUUAACUUUGGUCUGAAUCCACUCUCUUCUUGUCAAGUACCUGGGAAAUUUUCACAGAAAUCUAAGGCUUGCUGUUUUUGAUGCAGACCUUCAAUAUCUCCAACAAUGUCUGAUCUUACUGAUGCGGCUAUCACUUCGAUUUUUUUUUAAGGAAAUGAUGCUAUCCUUACAGUUUAUUCAGCUUGUGCUGAUUUUAAUCAACAGUUUUCUGGGGCGGGCACCAUAGCUUUUUUCUGAAUGUAAAUAUUGAUGGUGCAACGAAAGAUCAUGCAUCUUAGUAGCGGUGUAGCCAGUUAAACCUCUAUUUAUAAUUCAGUUUUUCUGGAUACCUACAUCUAUCAGCAUCACUGAUUCCGAUUUUUUUUCUCCAUAAAAUUUGAACUUAACCAGACUUUUGCAACCUUUGAAAUCAAGCUUCGCAUCUUCCUAGUUUCUCCAUCAAUGUAAUACUCAUUUGCUGAUUGUAAGUGUUGUCUAUAACUUUGUCAAUUUGUGGAAAAGCUAUUCUGUAAAUGUUCAUUGCAAUGGGUACAUAUGUAUAAAUCUGAUAGUGAGUUUGUCAAUUUGGAAUGCUAAAAAAAGCUUAAUACUUACUGUUUUCAAGAUUAAUAUUCUGUUUACAAAUUUUGUUGGUUCCAUUUAUAUUGUUGGAACAAAAUUUCAGAUUGGUGCUAUAAAAACGUGAGUUCAAAUGAAAAUUAUUUAUUUUUUUAAAAGCCAGCCUGUAAAAAAGACAUAACUGAUGUUUAGUUGUCUUCAAACCAUAUGUCAUGUCAGAAUUAGAUUUUAUGCAUUACUGCAUGACCAUUAAUGAAAUUCUCAUCGUCAUAAUAAUUGAAAUGGAAUUUUAACAGUAAUUCCCCUUUUCCCAAACAAAUUUUCUCUCCAAAAAUCAUGAUAGAGGUGAACUUGAAGCGACUUAAAAAUAUUUGUGAAAUUGUGUACUAAGCCCAUUAUAAAACCUCUUAAGUGACCUGACCGUAGUAGUGUUAAAUUUUAAACUCUAUGAAAUGGGUCGUUGAGACAGUAUGCAUUGGUAAACCACUAUCAUCAUUACUUAUCUUUCAAUACAGUUCAGCCUUAUUUCAUUGCAAGGUCUGCUGGGAAGAAUACUGAUUUCUGUUAGUCUAUACCUGAUAAGAAGAAUCCUUCCGCCAAACAUCAGUACCUUUUCCUGCAAGGAAAUUUUAUGUACCUACCUUUGUGAGGAAACCUUUAUCAAUUCUCUCUGAAAUCAAGUUUGUGCAAUUGUCUUCAAUAUAUCUGUAGCUAAGAGUCAAAGAGACAUAAUCGGGAAUUUUGGAUGAAUCGAGUUAUUUGUAUUCUCGGCGAACUUAGUAAGGGAUCUACAUGCGUAGAAGCAAGAAUGUGAAGGCGCUCAAUGCCCAAAGGGUUGUGGUUCGACAGAGGGUAGUGAAGGUUCUACAUGUGUAAAAAAAAUAUGUUUUUGUCUUCAACACCAGGCCUAUAAUACAGAGUUUUUAAAUUUUCAAAAUACGCUGCAGACAAUGGAGCCUUUGUAUGUUUUCCCCCUGUUUUCUUGAAUCUGUUGAAAUAUGAUUACAGUCCUUUGGCCCUUAGUUACAACUAUGUCACUAUUAUUUAAAUGCGAUUAAUUAUGUUUGGUGUAAUAGCAAAUAACUGUAAUCCGUCUUGAAAGUGAUACCCACUUAUUACAAAUUCGUUUGAAGGUGCAAUAUCCAUACCAAGGGCUGGCUAGAACUGAUGCCCUGUGUUUUUGUCUUUUGAUAUCAGAAAAGAGAGGGACCAUAUAAAAGAAACUCUUUUGUGGCAUUGCUCUAGGUUCUGCCUUUAACUCGUGCAAAGGCUUGAACGAACAUUAAUCAUUUCCUCAGUAGGUUUUUAGAGAUUAUUAAAGGCCAUCCUGGUUGUGUUAGGGGUUACAAAAGGAGGAAGACCUAAAUGACACGAUUUGUCUUACAGUUUCAUAUACCUACCUUGCAUAUUAAAAUAAAAAAGAAAAAUGUUAUCCAAAAGACAGUUCUCUCAGCCAUAGACCUAGGUUUGAGAGGUAUUGAAAUAGUGAUUCAAAAUUAAAUCGGACUGUCCAAAAACCUUUUUCGACCCAUUUUCGAGCUGAUUGUUUUAAAUUGCAUGCGUUUUCACUACUUAAUUUAAGUUUAUGAAUCAUAAAAUUGUGCAAUCGAGUUGAGGCAAUGAUUGUGAUGAUUCUACAUACAAUAUUGAAUUUUCAAAGCUGCCUGAUUUUUACAGUCAAUAUGUGUAUGUGGUGAAUCAAACAGCAGUAGAAUGAGAUCUCCUGAAAAAGCUAUACUUAAAUACUUCAAUUUAUGUAGUAUCUGGCCCUAAGAUGAUUUGUAUGGAUUAAAAGCAGGAUCAGCCUAUCAGCAUUUCACGUUGCUUAAUUUUCUCUUGUAUUUUAUUUUUUUGUUAGAGAACUUACCCACUUAAAUGCUUUUAAACUCUGUGAAUUGUCUCUAGAUUUUGAAGAAUACACCCACAGAAUUUCAAGUUUCAGUGUUGCUUGGUUUUUUUUUAACAAAAAUAGAACUUCAGAAAAUAUUAAGCCAUGUCUGAUGUAUGAGGCUGAUUCUUGUUGUUAAUUACGUUUACUUUACAUAAUGUUCAUGCUACUGUUCUCUAUAUGUGAAUUUGACUCAAAGUUUCUGUUUGUAAUGAGUGUCCAUUUUCUCCAUAACUUUUAAAGGCAACGUAUUCAAUGCUUAGAGAGGUUUUGAAUCCCGUGAUAUCCCAUACUACUCAGGAUGGUGUUCUUAACCUGCUGUAUUUUUAUCGAUUGAACUCAGUGCCAAAUACGAAAUUACUUACUAAUGAUGACGAGUAGAAAUGCCCUUUUACUGUUGCUUUUUAUAUCCUUUUGUUAUCAGUUUUGAUAUUUUCUCCUUACUUUGAAGGUGCCCAAUUGUAAUUGGAUGAGUUCAUGCAAAAAAAGUCAGGGACUGUUCACAAGAUACUUCUAUACACUGGAAAUGGGAUUUAUUUACUCCCCUAGUAACGAACCUGUAAUAUGGGUUUGCAAAAAAUUUCCUAGUGCUUAUCUCAACCCUACCCUCUCACCCCCCAUUUAGCAUUUUGGAAGGAGUUUUGGCUUUAGGUAACACAGCCCUGAAUGCCCGUACUCCUCCUGUAACGCAUUGGUUAUGCAGGUUCCAACUCCAUCUAUCCUCAGUAUUUUUUGAACAAACCCUUAGUGUCCAUGUUCUGUGUGCAACACAGGUGAUUCUCGGCAGACUUUUUUUACAUGAUCUCAAGUCAACAAAAUUUUAAAAUGUCUAAAUGAAGAUUUUAAGUUUUUAUUGCCCAUUUUAAAUCGUUUGCUGAAACGUCAACAUUUGUGCCAAUUUUGUAUUCUUCCACUGCAGUAUUAUCGUUCUUAUCAUUUUCUCCCCCUUUCUUUCUAAUGGUUAUCAGUAACCAUGCUGGUGGACUGUUGUAUCUAUUUUUAUACUCUGAUCUUAUUUUAACACAAAAAAUGUGACCCACGUACUGCAAGUAAUAGGACGGUAUAAAAGUGUUGGGUCUACACUAUUUUGCAGGAAAAUCAUAGCCAAAAAAUUAGCAUAAUGAACACGUAAUGAAUUACAAAAUGAACUGUACUGGGUUUCAGUACAAGACUGAGGGCUUUAACUCAUCAAAAACUACCUAGAAACUCAUUACUUAGAGCUCAUUUUGUUUUGGAUUGUUUGGCUUUGAUUUGCCAGCAGAAAUCAAACCCAGUAAUAUUCUACCAUCCUGUUACUGUUAUUUUAAUCCAGAGUCUGUUUCUUUCCUUCAAAAUUUUAUUACCUAUAUACUAACUAAAAGGAUUAAACCAGAUACAGCUUAACUGCGUUUAACAUUGCCUAAUUUCCUCUAUUAUUUCAUUUGUCUUACAGAGAACCACACAAUAGAAUGUCUUGAAACGUUCUGAAAUUUUUUUCUCUUUUAUAAAGAGAGUGCUCACAAAAUUUCAAGUCUGAACGUUGUUUAGUUCUCUAUUUAAAAAAUACAACAGCAAAAAAAAUUAUGCACUAUCUGAUGUAGUUAGGCUGAUUCCGGUUCAAUUGAACUACAGUUUACAACUAGGAACUACAAUUUCUGCUUCAGUUUAGGAACAACGUAUGUACCAUUAGUUUCCCUAUGCACAUGAGCAUUUGAACCGAUGAGCCAGGAAUUGUAGUUCCUGAUUGAGGAAUGUAGUCCAAUUUGUCCAAUGAAUGAUGAAGAUAUUCCUGAAGUGACAAAGCAUGUUUAAGUCCUCGUCAAUUUCGGCUCAAAUAUGUAAAUAUCUAUGUCAUUUUAAUUAUUUUACCGUUAUUUUUUUAUCACUACUUUUAAUGUGUAUUUACAUGAGCCUCAUGAACCCCAUAGCUAAUUAUGUUAUUUGUCUGUGUUAUUUUAAUUUUAAUGGUGAAAAAAAAAAAUUAUUAGUGUAUUUGAUUUGUAUGAUAAAAUAAUUUAUGAACAUCAUCGUCGUGCGUCGAAACUUAUGAUGAUCUAUUAUUUUGAAUCGAAUGCAUUAUAUUUUCUUGUAUGUGCUAAUUAUUAAGGCGUCUAAUUACGCAUCACUGUCACAGGUUUUUCACGUUCUUGAAAUCGAGAUUCCUCUAAAUGCAACAACUUAUUGAAGGUUAAACUUAGAAAGCAAGUACCUCAAUAGGCUUUUAGACAAGGUUUGAACUAAAGCACUAUGCAACAUGUUACCUCUACGAAAUUUCACAAGGAAAACUAAUUGCACCACAAAAAAUCUGGAAAUCAACCUCUAAACAAGAUGUUUUAAUAAUUAGCAUAGGUUAAAUAGCAAAAAUACAAAUAAUGCCAUUCAUAAAGUCUAAUUUCCAUUUGAUCUGUAAUAAAAAGAUUCAUCAGUGUAUCAUUCAGGAGUUGAUUUCUGUGUUACCUGUUGUGUAAAUAGUUUUCCACAAAAAAUUUUGAUGAGAAAGCAUGUGACUUUUUGCCCCUUCCGACCUUGUCUAUUGUGGCCCAACGCUGUCUUACAAAAUUUUAUUCCUUUUAUUUCUUGGAAGGAGAAUGAGCUAUGUUAAUUGCUUGAAAUUUCCACUGAUUGUUUUCAAGUUAGAGAAGAAAAUUGUGGAAAUUUAAAAAAAAAUCUAGCUGAUUGGCUCUCCGAGUGAAUCCAAACGCAUUACUGGAAGUCUGUAUUGUUUUCAACAGAGUUACAAAGUUUCCGAGUUCAGUCGUUGAUAUUUUUCUCAUUUUUAUUGCUACUUUUGACUGACCUAAAAAUCAACUUUUAUGCAUGAAUUGUUGACUAAUUAGUUCUUCAAAUUGAUUUCCAGUUGGGUAGAAACUUGUAGCCUCCAUAAAGAUAUUGAUAGAAAUCGAAAAGGAUUUGUCCGCAUUAUCGGCAUCAUGAAAUGUCUGUUCUCCUAUAGCUCUGCACAGAAAAAUAGCACUCUUCAUCUGUAGUCAAAUUUUUAAAAGACACUCUUUAAAAAUCGAAAUAUGUUUAAUCAAAAGUAAAUUGUUCAAGUCAAGUUCAGUCCAAUUUUUCUGUGUUAUUUAUAAAACCGUUGAUUUCUCUAGUACUGAAUUUUUCUAAGAAUCAUUCAAGCUUUGCAUGAGAGAGCCUUUUAGUCGAUUUCAAGGCUCUCUCAUAUCCAUCAGCAAGAGAAUAACUUCUCUCAUUAAAAGAGUAGGAAAGGGAGCCCCUAUAUUUGUGUGAAUAUACCUUUUUCUUAGCUGCUGUUCAGUGUCUAAAUUAAAACUGCAGGAUUCUCUUCAAAAUUUAAUUUCUGGGAAGGAGUGAAGUACUAAUAAAGAGACUUCAUUUUACAGUCCCUUGAAUUUUUAGUGCCGAAGACCUCUAAUGUCAAACCCUGAAAUACUGGUUAUCGUAGGAGAACUAAGUCUGUUAUGUUGUUAAUCGGUUGGAAGAAAAGUGUACUUUUUAUUGCAACUCAAAUAAUAAUGAACUGUUGAAUUUCUUGGAUUAAGUUUAAUGUACAGAAAAAUUGAAACCUAUACUUGUAAGAUUCUGCAAAGAAAACAGUAUGAAAAAUUUGUUGCCUCUGUGUAUAUAUAAGCACAUAUAAGUAUUAUUUAUGAGGGGAACAAAUUUUCCAAACGAUAAUGGACGAAUGUAUCCAUACCCUCCCCUCCCCCUCCCCCCAGGUAUACCACCUCCAUUUUAUUCUGUUAACUUUGAUGUGAUUCACUUGUCAUUGUUAAAUGUUUAAUAUUAUCCAUGUUUAUUGACAACCCCGAUAAAAAAAAAUAAAUAAAUAAAUAUUUUAUUGAAAAGUGCA